AUGGACUUUUACCGCAAGGUCACGGCACCAGCCUUUGCUGGGUCCCUCAACUCAUACUUCUGGACCAAUGUUGUGAUCCAAAUGUCGGACCAGGAGCCCGUGGCCAGCCACGCUGUGCUGGCGCUUAGCUCCCUGUACGAGACCUUCAGCAACGGAUCAUGGGAAGCAAGCCCCUUUUCUGUGUGGCACUAUAACGAGGCGAUCAAGCUCCUUCGCACCACAACGGAUCGCGCGCUGAUUCUCUUCGUUUGCGUGCUUUUCAUCUGCAUAGAGCUGAUCCGUCGGAACCCGAAAGAUGCGACAACCCACUGCCGGCACGGAAUCAACAUCCUGAACGAGAUACAUAACGAAUCCGACUUCCUGCGAAACCACGUCACACCGGUCACGCGGCAGCUAAGCAUCGCGCCGGACCGAUACGGAAUUAAUCCAGAAACAUUUCGAAUGGUGCGCCAGCCCAUACCCACGUCGACCAACCGAAUUCAAAACGUCGCAGACGCUCACGCUCGACUCCUGACGAUCCACGUACGUCUUGUUCGGCACUUGGAAUGUGCAUGUAUUACCGACCGUUGGCUUGAGAUUGGGAAGGAAGGUCCAGAACCAGACGCAAAGUGGCUUCGGCAGUUCAUCCUCGUUGAUUUAGAUGCGUGGUAUAAGGCAUAUAGGGAGAUGAAGAAGGAGGAGAGGUAUACCAGCAAGGAGGAGGACAUGAUACGGUUGCUAGACAUCCGUUACCUCGUAGCCAGGAUUGCGCUUCUAGCCUCUGAGAAGAAAGAAAAGGGUGAGUGCGUGUACGAUGCGCACACAGACAAAUUCCGAGCUAUUGUUGUCCUCGCAUCACAGGCGGAAGGCCCUUCAGAGACCUCCGAGUCCUCGGCAGGCUGGGGCACCGAAAGCGUUCUCGAGCUCGGAUACAGCUCUCUCCUCUUCAUGGUGGUCAUCAGGUGCCGCCACCUAAGACUGCGACUCGAGGCCCGGAGGUUGAUGAAGAAGCUCAUGCAGCCCGGAAAGAAUAUUUGGGAGAGAAAGUUGACAUGGUCUAUCGCAAAGCGAGUGGUUGAGAUUGAACAUAACAUCGUUCUCAGCGAUACUAUUGAGUUGGACGACUUGGAUACCUAUGAUGAACGUGGCGGUGGCUUCGUGCCGGAGGAGAGGCGCAUCGUCGCGAUGAACUUUCGGGAACCGCCGGAAGCCACGCUUCCGCCACGGAAAAAAGUGCAUUUCUAUCUGAAGAAUCACGAGACCGGCCAGAUCGAAGACAGGGAAGAGUAUGUAGCAGUAUGA